UCGGUGAGGGAAGGGGGGAAGAGCCGAGGCGAGGGAACAACAUCAGCUCCAAAAACGAACCUUACAUAAAUAUUUCUCUGGUUGUUUAUGCUCACACUCCGCGGGGAAACAGUUUAUCGGUGAAUUUUGGUCAGAGAGAGUCUGCAGGAGGUUUUUGGCGCGUUUUCUGAGGAAACAGACGUUUUUAGUCCCAGCUGUUGGUCAGUAGGCCGACGAGGGAAAGACCCGUCCUACUUCCUGGUUUUGUGCAGUCGGGAUGUCUGUCACCCCUCGACGUGUCCGGCUGAAGCCCUGGCUGGUGGCUCAGGUGGACAGUGGGAGAUACCCGGGUCUGGUGUGGAUUGACCGCGAGGCCAUGCGCUUCAGGAUCCCAUGGAAACAUGCCACGAGACACACACCACAGCACGAGGAUGAGGACACCAUAUUUAAGGCGUGGGCUGUGGAGACUGGGAAGUUCCAGGAAGGAGUUGAUGAACCUGAUCCAGCAAAGUGGAAAGCUCAGCUCAGAUGUGCCUUGAACAAAAGCCGAGAAUUUAACCUAGUCUAUGAUGGCACAAAAGAGGUUCCCAUGAAUCCUCUGAAGAUAUAUGACGUCUGCGACAUUCCACAGCCGCUCAGCAACCAAGGCUCCUCAGACGCUGGUUCUUGGACGCCGCAUGAUGAUGAUGGUGGUGAAGAAGAUGUUCCACAUACACCAGAGUCGCUCCCACCAUAUCCAUCCAACGGCACCAGCCCCUCUCCUCUCAUCAUGUGGUCUCCUAUGGGCUCAGAGUCAUCUAUGCAGCCCCAAAGUGGCCCCCCAUCAAACCAGGGUUGGCCCAAAGAGGAGCCUGGAAAAAUCUGGCCCAAAGAGGAGCCAGGAAAAAUCUGGCUUAAAGAAGAACCAAGUAAAAUCUGGCCCAAAGAGGAGCCUGCAGAUGUGGAGAUGCAGCCCACACCCCUUAGUGAUAUGCCACCUGCUCCUCUGCCGGAUCACUCCAUGCAGCCUGUUCCACCACCUGAAGCACUGUUUGCCUCUCCAGAAACCUGGAUCAGUUCUCUACCGAUGACAGACCUGGAAGUGCAGUUCCAGUACAGAGGGAGGGAAAUGUGUCCCACAGCCACCGUCAGUAACCCUCAGGGCUGCAGGCUCUUCUUCGGAGACUUGGGCCCCAUGGUGAACCAGGAGGAGCUGUUUGGCCCUGUCAACCUGGAGCAGCUGCGCUUCCCGACCACAGAGCACAUCACCAAUGACAAGCAGAAGGUCUUCACCAACCGCCUGCUGGAUGUCAUGGACAGAGGCCUCAUCUUGGAGGUCAGCGGUCAUGAUAUCUACGCCAUCCGUCUCUGCCAGUGUAAGGUGUACUGGUCUGGCCCCUGUGCCCCAAAUACAGCUGCACCAAACCUCAUAGAGCGUCAGAGGAAAGUCAAACUCUUCUGCCUGGAGUCCUUCCUCAGUGGAGUCAUUGCCCAUCAACGUGGACUGACAUCAAGCCCUCCUAACUUUGAAAUUGACUUGUGUUUUGGAGAAGAGUGGCCCGAUGGGAAGCCCAGAGAGAGGAAACUCAUCAUGGUUCAGGUCAUUCCUGUCGUGGCCCGUAUGAUAAGCGAGAUGUUCUCCAGUGACAACACGCGAUCCUUCGACAGUGGCAGUGUUCGCCUGCAGAUUUCAAUCCCCGAUAUCAAAGACAACAUAGUGGCCCACCUGAAACAGUUGUACUGUCUGCUGCAGACCCAUCAGGGUCAGGACGGCUGGGCGCUGCCCCCCGGCCCAGGCCUCAACAUCGCCCAGGCUCUACAGGCGCAGUGAAGCAGGACGCCCUGUGAAUUAUUCUGUUUUAUAUCUGUGUAUGUUUGUCACUGCUACUGAGAGUUACUACUGUUGGCAAAGAAGUACUUAUGUGUAACCAGUUUAGAAGUGUGCACAAUACUGUAGGUGUUUUUAGCUCCUUGUUAGAACUGUGAUGAUACUUUUCUGUAUAUAGCUGUUGUUUUUCCAUGCCUGUAUUAGCCUGGAUAAUGUGUGAAGGGGCCUGUAGACAGAUGGAUGACUUCAUGGGCCAAAGUCCUGCUUGCUGUGAGGGAACAUUUAGCAAAGUUAAUGAGUUACAAACUGAUCUGUUAUCACCAAACUUUCCUGGAAGCAAGAAACAGGGCAGAAAUAUUUUUUUGUUUUGACCUCAUAACAUGUUUGUAGUAACAAAUUGAGUAUUGGUUUUGUAAAAUUUGAAUUAUAUACAGGCAAAAUAUGAAUUUUGCUUUUAUUUUUGAAAGCUGUAAAGGUAUUAGAGAUCUUAUUAGCCUGUGAGCAUGUGUUUUAAAAUUUAAAUCCCAUGGCUGAAAAAAAGUCUGCUCUUGGCCUACAGUUUGGUCUUGAAUGACUAUAUUCCUCAUUUUUUCUGUGGGAUAUUUUUAUUCAUGUUUUAUUUUAGCGACUAUUGUUUUCAUGCAGACGUAAAACUUAACUACAUUCAGCCUUUUUGGAUCUGUUUUAUUAUGGAGGCCACUGCACUUUGAGGUGCUGAAGUAUGUUUUGUUUCCAGUUAAAUGUAAGCACAUUUAUCAUAUGAUUGUAUUCUUACCAA